UCGUCUACUUCAUCCUCUUCGUCAACUUCGUCCACUUCAUCCAUUUCUUCAACUUCGUCAUCUUCAUGUACUUCGUCCCCUUCCUCCACUUCCUCCACCUCCUCUACUUCGUCCACUUCAUCCACUUCGUCCACUUCGUCUUCUUCGUCCCCUUCGUCCCCUUCAUCUCCUUCAUCCACUUCGUCCAAUUCGACCACUUCAUCUACUUCGUCCAGUUCGUCAAAUUCGUCCACUUCCUCCACUUCCUACACUUUCACCACUUCCUCCACUUCGUCUUCGUCCCCUUCGUCCCCUUCGUCCCCUUCUCCCCCUUCGUCCACUUCGUCCAGUUCGACCACUUCGUCCCCUUCAUCCAUUUCUUCCAUUUCGUCCACUUCUUCUUCUUCUUCUUCUUCUUCUUCUUCUUCUUCUUCUUCUUCUUCUUCUUCUUCUUCUUCUUCUUCUUCUUCUUCUUCUUCUUCUUCUUCUUCUUCUUCUUCUUCUUCUUCUUCUUCUUCUUCUUCUUCUUCUUCUUCUUCUUCUUCUUCUUCUUCUUCUUCUUCUUCUUCUUCUUCUUCUUCUUCUUCUUCUUCUUCUUCUUCUUCUUCUUCUUCUUCUUCUUCUUCUUCUUCUUCUUCUUCUUCUUCUUCUUCUUCUUCUUCUUCUUCUUCUUCUUCUUCUUCUUCUUCUUCUUCUUCUUCUUCUUCUUCUUCUUCUUCUUCUUCUUCUUCUUCUUCUUCUUCUUCUUCUUCUUCUUCUUCUUCUUCUUCUUCUUCUUCUUCUUCUUCUUCUUCUUCUUCUUCUUCUUCUUCUUCUUCUUCUUCUUCUUCUUCUUCUUCUUCUUCUUCUUCUUCUUCUUCUUCUUCUUCUUCUUCUUCUUCUUCAAACAUUAACGCAUAA